CCGUGAACACAUCGAAUCGGAUAGUCACGUAAAUGUGGACAUUUUUCUUGGUAUCCUUCAUUUAAACUGUACCUUCGUACCAAUGAUCACAAGAUCAUCUGACUCAGACUAAUCCUAUGAAGGAAGCGAAUCAGUUCGAAAUUAAUUCUAACAUAGUUAAUGUAGUUAAUUAUAAUGAACUCUCGAGGCAGUAAACUAUUGGACUUUUGCCGUCACGUGUUACCGGAAAACUUUCUAUUAAAAGCCGUCAUAACGGCGAUGAUUUUUUACUUCACGGAUGUGGCCAAUCAGUUGCGAUCCUCGUUCGAACCUUAUUCACCGGCUCUUUGCUCAGCAGCACUCUCCACCGAGGACAAAUUGCAAUAUAAUUUCUACCCGGUUGCCAGUUGGCAAAUUCAGUUUCGAGUGAAGGCGGCCAAUGAUGCUCACAUCGCUCUUACCACCGGCCCUGAAGAAGGAGAACCCAUGUACGAGGUUUUCAUCGGUGGAUGGAACAACGCCAAGUCCGUGAUUAGAAAGAAUAAAGCCAAGCCUGAAGCCGCAGAGGUAGAGACACCGGGUAUACUGAGUGCCGACGAAUUCCGCGGUUUUUGGAUCAGAUGGGGCGACGGUGCUCUUUCAGUGGGCAAAGAAGGCGAACCAAGCGCAUUCCUCUAUUAUACUGAUCCAGAACCCUUCGGAAUCGGUUACUUUGGUGUGUGCACUGGUUGGGGCGCGACCGGCGAAUGGCAGAUCGAAGGACAUGGCCCCAUAUCAACGCGGAACCAGUUAGUGUACCAGUUUCGAAACAUACCCAGCGGUUCAAUCCUAGUCGACGUGAAGGCUAAGAGCAACGCUCACGUUGCCUUGACCAACAAAAAAGGCGAAUCGACCCCUAUGUAUGAGAUCAUGCUCGGGGGUUGGGAGAACACAGCAUCGGUGAUCAGACACGAUCGCAAGCAACCCGACAAGGUGCGCGUGAACACGCCAAACCUGCUGAACGAGAACGAGUUCAAGAAGUUCGCUAUCUCUUGGCGCGACGGUCUGAUCACGGUCAGGACUGGUGAUCUAAACGGUCCCGUGAUCAUGGAAUGGCGAGAUCCUAAGCCGAUUGGCGUGAGCUACGUGGGCGUGCGCACCGGUUGGGGUUCAACAGGGAAAUGGCAACUUCGUACGCCCCCAGUGAAAAAUUCAAGCCCAUCUGCCCCAUCUGCCCCAUCUGCCCCAUCUGCUCCUCCGGUACAAGGUUUGGAAGUGGGCCAGGAGUGCUGGUGUGACGCAAUAGGCGGGAUUGUGCCUCCAGGUGCAGUAGAAGGCGGAAAUGACGGUGAGACCUUGUACGUAGGGAGAGCUUUCCACGAGGGAGCUCUUUUGCCAGGCAAAGUGAAGCCCAGCCACUCCGUUUGUUACGUUGCUUGGGGUGGCGAGGAGCAUGGAAAGGCUGAGUAUCAGGUUCUCUGUGGCUGUAAUCCCGCAUGGGUACCAACUAGCGGAGGUAGCAUUCCUCCCAAUGCGAUUCCGGGUGGCGAAACCGAAGAUGGAGAAGCUCUCUACGUCGGCCGCGUGAAUCAUGAAGGCACCGUGACAGUUGGCAAGGUGCAACCGUCUCAUAGCGUUUGCUACAUCCCAUAUGGUGGGGCAGAAGUCGCCUUCCCUGAAUACGAAAUCAUGGUUUCAAAAUAAUCGAGCAGACAUUACAUCAUGAGAAAGGAGAAUUAAACACCGCACCGACUUGUCGAUGAGUUUCAAUAAUUGUUUCAAAUAUGGUACUAUUUUUGAAAGGCUGUAUUGAAUGUUAAAAAGGAAAUUGGUAAUAUUAGACAACACUGACAGUAUUAACGGAAAUAUUACAGGAAAAGAUUAUUUACAUGGAAAAAGUAUCUGCAACUAAGCGAUAUUGUUCCCUUAAACUAGAGAAUCUCAGUGGUCUGUUGAUAUUUUUAUUAAGAACUGGAGUGGGGGAAGUAGAUUAGAAGACUAUAAAGAAUCUCAUAUGUGUGCAAACUAGUCUAGUUAUGAGCGAAUUUAUCGACGAGUCGGUGCGGAACAUGCGUCCACUUCUGCACUUGAAUUCUUGAUGUAGAACGCGCAAAUCAAACCGGCAAUAUAUGUAGCUCAGCUAUAUAUACAGAUUAUUUGUUAAUUCCAGUUGGAUGUGUAUGCCGUUUAAAUGAUCGUUGCCUUUAAAUCGUUCCUACUAGCGAACGAGAGCAUCGCUAAAAUGUAUAUUCGACAGCCACAUAGUUUUUUAUCGCACGACACUUUUCGCUUUAUUGAAGUUAUUUUUGGAUUCUAUAUUGUUAUGAAACAAUAAAUAAUAUA